UAGACUCGUGUCGAAAUGCCUCGAACUUAGUCUUACACGCCACUCUCACAAGUUUCCUUUUCUUCCCUGCAACUCUCUCCUACUAUUUAUACACACAAUUUCUACUUCCCUCCUCCUCUCUCUAUUUGGAUUCGACGUAAAAUGGCGUGUACGGAAGUAUAUUCAAUUUCAAGUCCAAAAAUGGAAUAUGUUGAAGGACGGUGCUUUAGUUUUAUUAAUUCGUCGACUAGUCUAAAAUUAUGGCCUAUGAUUCGGAGAACGAACUCUCCAAUUCGGAGAAAAAGAAAAUUAGGUGUGAGUUGUUCAUUGCCAAAUACUUUGUCUCCAUUAGGAUCGGAGGAGGAUGCAAGUGUUGUACCUAGCAGUCACUCCUUAGAAGAUGAGUUUAGCCACGUCACGAAGUUCAAAAUGUCCGAUUUUAAGAUACGGAAUCGUGUCAGCAUUGACCUUGGUGGCAGGGGCGAUGAGAUAGUGUUUGAAGCUAUGGUGAAUGAUUCUCAUAGUCCAUUGUAUAAGACCAGAGUUGUACUUAGGCAACUUAUUAGUGCUCGAGCAAAGCGGAGAGGACGUCGUGCGAUAGAGGUAUUGAAGAGACUGGCACGUCGUAAGCUCAUGUAUCAUUCAUACUCGAUGCAAGUUCAUGGGUAUAUCUGCUCAUCCAUGAUAGAUGAGAACAGUUCAUUCACCUUAGUCCUUGGGCAUCAUGGAAGUUCUUCACUGAGACAUUGGCUUCAACGAUCUGAUUGGCUUCCAACUCUAGAAGCUACUCUUUCUCUAGAUCAGGAGUCUGUUAGAAGGGUGGGGGAUGAUACAAUAGGAGGGCCAGCUAUUUCUCGACAACUGCGACUAAUCCGGAUCUUAAUGAGGGAUCUCUUGAUUGGAGUGAACUAUGUGCACAGUCAUGGUCUUGCACAUACAGAGUUGAGGCUUGAAAAUUUGCACAUCAGUCCAGUGGAUAAACAUAUUAAAGUGAGUGCCCCUUCAUCUUACCUGUUGUAGUAGGAAUUGGACGGUACCGGUACAUUAGGGGACAAAGUACCUGUUGCUAAUGUUACAAUACUAUUCAACAUGCUUAACCUUGGUGAUAGGCAUAUAACAUAAGACCUUCACCUUCUACUGUAAAGGAAAAUGUUCAAUUACCAUGAAAAUAUUAGUCCCGCCAAUAU